CAUCCCUGUCCUGCGUUCCGUGAAGAAGCGAUCAUGGCGGCUGAGGGAGAUGUGGAUCUGGACCUGGAGGCUGAGGAGAACUGCACGGGGAAACCAACAGAGAAGCCCCGGAAACAUGAUAGUGGAGCUGCUGAUUUGGAAAGGGUUACCGACUAUGCGGAGGAAAAGGAAAUUUCUAGCUCGAAUCUGGAAACGGCCAUGUCCGUGAUUGGAGACCGAAGAUCCAGAGAACAAAAAGCAAAACAGGAAAGAGAAAAAGAACUAGCCAAAGUAACAAUAAAGAAGGAAGAUGUGGAGCUCAUUAUGGGCGAGAUGGAGAUUUCGCGAGCAGUGGCCGAGCGCAGUCUGAGAGAGCACAUGGGCAAUGUGGUGGAGGCACUGGUUGCACUGACCAACUGAGUGGACUCGACUGCUUUGAGAUGAUAUGGACACAUGGGACUGCCUUUUUCCUGCUUGUGAUGACCCUUUCCUUUUCUCACUGUACUUAUGCUGUAAUAAAGGAACCUUUUUUAAACCGUCUUUACCAGUACAACUGACCUCUUUGCAUUUAUUAGAAGCACCGACCCACAUUUUAGUAAUGCAUUCCAGAUGAACGAAGUGAUCAGUGUCAUAAUUUAUUACCACAAAACAAAGUCAAUUGUCUUCCCAUUAGAAACAGUGGAACUAGCCUUGGGAUACUGUAUACACAAUGACAUCUUGUGUAGAUGUAUACAUUUCAAAUGCAAUAAAGAUUUAAUGUCGUUGUUAUGAGAUUUCUUUAACACUAGCAAAAGCACUAGUAAAACAAAGGCGA